UUUGUUGCAUUAGUUUUUGGAAAGAGUCGCCAAAUUUCCAACCUGUCGAGCAAAGGGACAUCGAUUCAGCGUACCCACGGAAACCGCCGAGGGACCGUCGAGUAGGAAUGUCUGAAACUUCCUCCGAGAUGGCCAUUGCCCCGAUCAACGUUGCCGCGGACAAGUUCCCAUUCUGCAUCGUUUGGACACCAAUCCCUGUGUUGUCCUGGUUCUUCCCGUUCAUAGGCCAUAUGGGAAUAGCAAUGUCGAAUGGAGUAAUACGUGAUUUCGCGGGGCCGUACUUUGUCUCGGAAGACAAUAUGGGAUUCGGGCGUCCCACUCGGUACCUGCAGUUGCACCCGAUGCACGCCCUCGGUGGCACGCAAAAAUGGGACGAAUCGGUGAUCAAAGCAUCGGUCACGUACGGGGCCCGGAUGCACAAUCUGUUUUGCGAUAACUGCCACUCGCACGUCGGUCUGGCGUUGUCGCUGAUGCGCUAUAAGGAGUACACCCGCUGGAAUAUGGUUGUGUUGGCGUUCUGGAUGUUCUUCAGGGGUCGCUUCGUUGGGGUGCGCGGAUUCCUCAAAACUUGGUCCCCGUUCGUCGUCAUACUGAUUAUUUGCGGCUUGGUGGCGAUGUACUCGAAAUGGACGAUCGAUUAAUUGUGCAUCGUGUCCCCACACUCCGGGACGGUGACGGGUGUUGUUGAUCGCACCUUCUUCAAUUAUAGGCUAUGCAACGUAGGGGGUUAAAAGGCUGAUAUUCCAGUGCAUUGUCUGCAUAUUGACCGUAGCACGUACAUGUGUAAUUGAAUGUGAAACCAUAUUCAGACACCUGCUAGCACAUGCAGGAAAUAUAUUAAUUUAUUAACGAAA